AUGGGGUUGAAAAAUCAAGAAUUAGUUACGAAGGGAAAGGGAGGUGGAGUAAUCUUAAAUCAUAAAUAAGUGAACACCAUUCGAAUCAUAUACAAAAUUAUGAAAUGUUUUCGGUCCAAACAGUUAAAAAAUAUGAAAAAGGUUGGGUUUAGCAAAACAUAAAUAAAAUAGAAAAGAGACCUUUGCCGGCGGGAGAAGAAAGAACAGGUACCAGUAGGAUAUAGAAAAUGGGACAGACUCGAGAGAAAAAGGGAAAGAAUUGUAGUUGGGUAAAAAAGGAAAAUUAGAUCAUCAGUAAAUUUGGGCUAAAAUAAAUAAUUUGAAAUAAGUUGUAAAUAAAAAUACUGGAUUUGAGUAGAUGAAAUACGUUUUGAAGAAAGAAGUAAACUGAAAAAUUUUGAAAAAAAAAAACGAGUUAUAGAAAGAAAUACGUUGAAUAAUAUUCAUAAUAAUGUGAUAUUGAAUUGAAAAGGCUAGUAGAAGAUAAAUUAAAAUUAUUGUUGAAAAAAACAUAAAUUAAUAUAAUACAAAAUAAUCUGUUUCCAACAGACCAGAUGCUCAAAAGUUUCAAAUUCGGUGAUUACUUGCACAGUAACAUUUACUGAUUAACAGUGGCGGCUCUUGUGAGAGAAAAUUAGCAUGUGAUAUAGAUACAGUUUAAAAACGAAAAAAAACAUUUAAAAAACAUGUGAAAAUGAAAUUAUAGAAUGUGAGAAAUAUGCAAAUAGUAUUAGAAAUGCGUAAGAAUUGAUUGGUCAGUUUGGUGAGAGGGAAAAGCCAAAAAGAGAGAGAAGGGAGAGGAACUAAUAAUAAUAAUAAUGAUAAAAGGCUAAUUCAGUUUCAAAAAAAAAAAAAAAGAAAUUUAAUAGCAAACAGAGGCAGAGGUUUCGGUCCAAAGGUGCGAGUUAGCGGUCCAUAAUUAUCAUUUAACCCUUCCUCUUCGCACACGCGCCUCACUCUCUCUCUUUUAAUCCAUCCAAACAGCGCCACUCACUCACUCGAUUCAACUCAUUAACCUUUUUUUUUUUUCUUUUCGUUAUUUUUUUAAAGACAUUUUAUGCUUUUUUUUUUUUUUUUUGUAAAAUAAGAAGACAGAAAAAAUUACAUUAUUAAGAAAAUGGAGGAAGGAGCGGAGAGGAGGAAGGCAAUGAUGAAGACCUCGCAGAAGGAGCAGGAAAGAGAACGACGUCGUAUUAGAGAUAGACAGAGAAGACAAUCUAUGUCUGUCGAAGAGAGAGAAAAGCAUCUCGCUAGACGACGUCGUAAUUAUCAACUCCGUCGUCUGAGAGCUGAUAAUAAUCCCCGACUUCACCACCACCCUCCUUUCCACCACCAGACCACCACCACCACCUCUGCAGCCGCAAAUGUCGAUGUCACUUUACCUUCCGUUGGAUUAGAAAUUCCGGCUGAUAAAUUAGCUAAAUUGCCAACAAGAAGAGUACGUUUAAACCAUUUGAAACAUCUGGCGAGAUCACUGGAUAAUCAUGAUCAUGUGGGUGUUCCAAUUAAUCAUACAAUUGCUGCCCCGGAUUUGACCAAUGAUCAAACUGCAAAUGCAAAUUCCACUUGUGUGACUGCAAAAGGAGGUUUAAGGUUAAAUCGUGUUAAGCGUCUUGCACGUUCAUUAGCUUCUGAUUUAGAAAACUCUACACGAGAAAAGGAAGUUCAGCUUGAGCUGCUAAGUGUGAGUAGCAAUCUGUCGAAAGUUUUUGAUCAACGGUAACCAUGUUAGAAAUCAAUGAUUCGCGAAUGCAGUUAUUGAGGAAAGAUAGAGGAACAAUAUUCAUCCAUUUCCUCUUCAUUGUCACUCGGUUAAAUAUAAUUAUAGGACAUAUUAAGCAAAAGAGGUUAGCACAAUGGAGCUUUGUGGAUAUGUAGUUGGAUGGAGCUGAUGAAUUUAGGUGACACGAUAGGCCAAAGGCUUAAGCUGAGUUUACUUCUCUCAAUUAUUAGGGGCAUUCAAUUUUGUCUUGUUUUACUUUUUUCCCUUAUGGUUGGGGGGCUUCUUUAAAAAUGGUAUUUUGCUUUCUUGAAUGCCAUUUUUCCAAAUGUUUUCUAUGUAAUGGCAUCACUCUGAAAAUCCACUAAUUUAGGAUGCAUUGGCUGUACAGAUUCAUAUUUAGCAUUUCCCACUGGGUUUCAGCUUUCAUUUUAUGACAUUGAAUCGCAGAUGUUACUCUUGUUUGUGUUCAA